AUGGCGGAGGGAAGGCUACUCUCUGUCAAAGAGAUAGAAAAACACAAUUCCCCUUCAGACAUUUGGAUAGUCGUUGACGGCCAAGUUUGGGAUCUGACCGAAUUCCACCAAGAGCAUCCUGGGGGCUCUGCGAUUAUCCUAAAGUACGCAGGGCGUGACGCUUCUAAAGCUUACAAUGAAGCGCAUUCGCCAUCUGUGAUUAAGAAAAAUCUACGGCAGGACCAGUUCAAAGGCGUCCUAGACCAGUCCACCAUUAAUAAUGAAUGGCUCAAGGAACCGCCAACAGAAAACGCCCGUGUAAUGCUGGACAACGAGAAACCGCCAUUGACGACAUUAAUCAACGCUCAUGACUUUGAAACGGUGGCAUCAAAAACAGUGAGCAAGAAAACCUGGGCAUUUUACUCCAGUGCUGCGACAGACUUGAUCACACGAGAUGCAAACAAAUCAUGUUUUGACCGAAUAUGGUUUCGCCCACGAGUUAUGAGGAACGUUCGGAGUAUCGAUACUCGCACGACUGUCCAAGGCACGGAUCUUAGUUUCCCUUUAUUUGUGAGCCCGGCAGCAAUGGCGAGGAUGAUUCAUCCAGAUGGCGAGUGCGCUAUUGCCAGGGCCUGCGAGCGUAAGGGUAUUAUGCAGGGAGUUUCUAAUAACUCUUCUUUCUCCGUGGAAGAGUUAGUUGAAGCAGCACCAAACGGCAGCUUUUUCUUCCAGCUAUACGUCAAUCCGAACCGGGAGAAGUCGGCAGCACUUCUCCACCAAAUAUCCUCGCUACCACAAUUCAAAGCUAUUCACAUCACGGUUGAUGCAGCGUGGCCGGGCAAACGAGAAGCAGACGAACGGGUCAAAGCAGAUGAGGACAUGGGGGUUCCCAUGUCCAACGUGAAAGCAAAGAACGACACCAAAGGAGGCGGCAUCGGCCGAUUGAUGGCUGGCAACAUCGACCCCGGGUUGACGUGGGAUGACAUCGCCUUUGUUCGGAAACAUACCCAUUUGCCGGUGUGCUUGAAGGGUGUCAUGUCAGCAGAUGAUGCGAUCUUGGCCAUGGAAGCUGGAGUGGAUGGUCUCCUCUUGAGUAAUCAUGGCGGCCGCAAUCUUGAUACCAGUCCUCCAUCUAUCAUCACCUUACUUGAGCUCCACCGGCGAUGCCCAGAGAUUUUCGACAAGAUGGAAAUCUACGUUGACAGUGGAAUUCGACGUGGCACUGAUGUUCUCAAAGCCAUUGCUCUUGGAGCUACGGCUGUUGGAAUGGGCCGCAGCAUGCUUUUCGCUACCAACUACGGCCAAGAAGGAGUUGAGCACUUGAUCGACAUCAUACGCGAAGAGUUUGAAACGGCGAUGAAGAACAGCGGUAUUACCAGUAUAAGCGAAGCAAGCCCCGAGCUUGUCAACACCGGAGACGUAGACCAUCUUGUUCCUGCUAGUCGUUUGCAUCCCUAUGCACGAAAAAUUACUAGAGGUCCAAAGCAUCAUCGUACUUCGAAGAUAUAG